AUGGCGGAAGGCGCGUUUGCGACGUCGCUGUAUGAGCAGCUGCCCGAGGGGCACCCAGCAGCAGCUGCUGCGGCAGCGGCGGCAGCAGCGGCAGCGGCGGCAGCGCGGCAGCAGCACCUCGCUGCUGCUGCUGCUGGGGCAGCUGGCACGACGCCAGCUGACUUGCUGCUGCGGCAGCAGCAAGUGCUGCGCAGAGCAGCGCAGCUGCAGCAAGGGUCAUUCUUCGAGCUUCUGGCGCAGCAAAAACUGCUCGAGGGGCUGCAUGCUGCUUUGAGACACUGCGUUGUCACUCUAGAAGCGUUCUACUCAGACAACUCCCCUGCUGCAGCAGCAGCACAACGACAGCCGAAUGCUGCUGCAGGGAACGGGGCGGCAGUGGCGGCGGAACAACAGCAGCAGCAGCAGCAGCAGCAAGAGCGGCUGCAACCUCGGCCUCGAUUUCGUUCGCUGAAGGGGUCACUUGUUUCUGCGUGGCUAUGGUCUCGUGUGUGCCGGGUUGCUGCUGCAGCGAAAUCGACCUUAGCAGCAGCAGCAGCAACAGAGCCGGGCUCGUUGUGCGUGCUUCUGCGAGCAGAUGUUGCUGCUGCGCUGCGGUGGGUUGAGCAGCACUUUGACGGCCUUUAUUUGCUGCUGCUUGCUGCUGUAGAGACGCACAGCUUCGCCUCUACGGGAGCUUCUUUUGCUGAAGGCUUCUAUUGCAUGAGCCGAGAAGACAAACGCGUUUUCAUGCUGCACAGCCACCUGAACCACCCGCAGAUACCCCGCAGCAGCAGCAGCAGCAACAGCAGCAGCAGCAGCAAUGUUGGCGACGCAGAGAAGGAACGGGGUGGCUCGCUGAUUGCGAAAGGAGCGCCGCCGCUGCAGCUGCCCACAGCACUGCUGGAGGAGCAGCAGCGCAUCAGCCGUGAGGCAGCAGCUAUUGCUGCUGCUCUUCCUCACUCUAUGUCCCCCCUUAAAGUUGCUUGCUGCGUGGCUGUGGAAGUGCUGCUGCCGCAUCUGCGGCGAAAGCUGCAGCAGGCGCACCGGGCGCAGCAGGAGGCGCCGGAAGCGGCUGCUGCUGCUGCUGCUGCUGCAGCGAGCCGCAUUGCGCGAACUGAAGAAGAAUUAGCUGCAGCAGCGGUUGAAUUCCGGAGGCAGAGAGAAGCUCUGCCCCCAUCGCCAGCUUCCCCAGAAGAAUUAGUUGAGCUCCUAAGCAGCAGCAACAGGAGCAGCAGCAGCAGCAGCACGGACAGCGUGCCUGACAGAGCUGCGCUGCGUCUGACAGCAGUAACUGCUGGCUGGGCGGAGCGGGUGCGCACGUUGCUGAGGCGUUGCAGGCUCCGCAUGCUGCUGCUGCGCCUGCGGCUGCGGCUGCUGCUGCUGCUGCUGCAGAAGUGGCUGCGAGACCGCCUCUGGAGUCGGCUGGUCGCAGCUUUUCCCCGCCUCUCCCUGCUCCACGACCUCUUUUCAUUUGUCUACGCGCUCCUCUACCUCGCCGACCCCGUGGCAUUUCCUUACUGGUCCCCAUACAUGCAUUUGCUGGGGCUGGUUUACGUGCGCGCCCCCCCAGACGCAGCGCGAGCUGCCGCGGACGGCAGCAGCAGCAGCAGCAGCAGCAGCAGCUCCGGGGGCCGCGGCGGGUCGUGGUGGUUUGCUGUUGCCGAGGGGGGAGCGCGGCGCGUGAGGAACUGUCUUGCUGCAGUGCUUCUCCUGCUGCGGACCUUAGAGUGGUGGUUUGAGUAUGAGGCAACUCUGCUGCCGCAGCCAAUCCGCAAAGAAGAAAUUAAGCCGCCCCCGGCGCCCCCGAGGCCUCUGGGUGUGAAGCCGUUGCACCCUUUGCCGCAGGAUCCUCGUAUUUGUCCCAUUUGCCACUUCCCACGGGAAGGCGCUGCAUGCAUCCCCAGCGGAUACGUGUUCUGCUACCGCUGCAUUGUGGGCUUCGUGAGGCAACACCGCCGCUGCCCAGUGACGGGGCUGCCCACAGAGGAAGCCAGCAUACGCCGUCUGUACGAGGCGAGGGGAUGA